AGACGAAGAAGUAGUGGUGGGCUUCCGUCUGGGUGUCUUCCGGGAACAAACAUGGAGGCUGAGUUGUGGAAUAGGAUCAGUAUUCCCCGUCCUGGUGCAAUUUCUACUGUUCACAUUCCGUUUAAUAACUCUACAGACAGUCACGUAACGCACCUCUUGAAAGCCUCCGGAAAAGUGUUGAAUUUGCUGCGUAGUACAGUUCUACAGACGGAAGUCCGCGUUCUGUACGCUCUACUGUACGUGCUAAACAACAGUCUGAGACAACACCUGCCGUUCCGGGCUAUCAAACAGGUGGAACAAUGCAUAAACCGCCUGAAAGAAAUGAAGUUGGUAUCUGUUCUUCUGGACCUGAAGGAGAUGUGUCCAACAAAGGUGCAAAGGAAGGUGGGGCAGAGGACUGGUCAGUGUGAGGUUCCCAGCCAGCCCACCCUGGAGUGGAUGUGUCUGAAACUGCUGGGCGCCUGCAAGCUGAUGAUCUGCCUGGCAGAGCGCUGCUCCCGGGCCUUCCACCUUGCUGGUGAGCACCUCCACUGGAGAGAGUUCAUCGUGCUGAAUGUAGUCCUCGUGAGCAUGCUCAGCCGACUGUGGGCGUUUUCCCAAGGCGUCCUUCGAGCCCUGGCUCCUGUGUAUGGGAAGAUGAUGGUGCUGCUGCAGGAGGUGUCCUCUGCCAAGCCUAUGCCCUUCCUCACCGAGUCCACCCUCCCCACGGACCUGCAGGCGUUCCUGGGCUCAGCGGCAGAACUCCACGGAGACCUGUGUGGGGCCAAAGGGUUGAGAAGGCCUGCAAUGCUGAACCGAUUGUUCAGGGAUGAGGGAAGGAAUAGGAAGAGGAAGCAACCGUGCUUGCACAGGAAGUCGAGCCGGGGGAGUGACAGGGUGGACCUGGGAAGUGUAGUUUCACAGAGCCGUGCGGCGAUCGCCGAUCAUCUUGGUGGAUUUGAUUUGAAGUCUAUGCUUAAAAGGCCAUAUGGAAAGGACAGACAGUUUGUGAUUGGGAAGAAUAAGCCAUGUGAUCUGGCCAUACCAAAAAAGAAGCGUGCGUCAGAGGCAGUGGCUGUGAUUGGUCAGAAGAAGAGCUUCCUGAGGAAGUUGAAAGCGGUGUCCUCCCUCAGUGACAUGGGUGCCCACCUGCAGGAGAUGAUCGUCUGGUUCCGGAGCAGGAAGAUGCAGAGAGAGAGCAGCCGCCUUCGACUGCUGCAGCUGAAGUGUCAGAGACUGAGACGCCUGGAGGCGCAGGGGCUCAGGGUGAACAGGAAGCUGCAGAGUUUGAGAGGGGAGACGUGUCGAGCUCUUCGUCCCGGUGAAAGGCAGAGGACUGAGCCCCUCCUGGCCCAGCAGGGCUGCCGCUCCCUGCAUAGCCAGUGGAGAAGUCUCCGCAGCACGUCUGUGUCCGGGUCAAAGGGCAAACGCUGGCGUAAACGCCCCAGGAGGACCGGGCACGGCCAGGGACUCUCCCCUGAGCGAGAGACAGCAGGAGGUGGGGAUGUGACCAAUGAGGACACGGUUAGGGAAGGAAAGGCCAUUGGUGCACAUCCCAGCACUGUUAGGCAAGAUGACAUUGAUGACAUUUUCGCUUCCAUCGGAUUCUGAACCUAAAGCUGACCGACUCUUAAGCUGACUGCUGUUUUUAUAUUUUUUGAAAUGAAAUGACAUGGUAAUAAAAAGCUGGAGUGUGGCAUCAAAACAU